AUGAUGUUCACACCAUUUUUCCAUGUUAGUACUAGCAUCGGAUUAGGAGCAAACGUAAUGUUUAAUAAACGCCAUCUGCAGGAAGCUGUUGAUUUGCUCUUCUCAACGGAUGACUGUCGAUGGAUAGAUGAAAAACUUAUUCAACCAUCCAAAGUUUUCGUUGUCCUCGUGAAGGAACAGGAAAAUAGUAGUAGUAUUCGAUUGAAAUCAAUUCGGUACAUUUUGAAGACUUUGUUCCUGGAAUAUAAUUCAUUGAUGGCUUUAGCUGCACAGCAAUCAUUAUUAGACGAAUUGAUGGGUAAAGGACGAAACGCAGGAAAAGGCGAGCACAUUCAAAGAAGUCGCUUUGAUGACCCCGAUGUUUGUAAACUGAUGCUUGUUGAUUACUGUCCACAUGAAUUAUUUAUUAAUACUCGACAAAAUCUCGGCUUCUGUGAUAAAAGUCAUGAAUCUCAUCUUCAGAAAGAAUAUCAGUCAAGUUCACGUUAUCGGAAACUUGGCUAUGAAGAAGAAUUUGGUAUUAAAAGAAAAGAUCGUGUUCGACUUCUUCAAUAUCACGUUGUCUUUUCAGAACACUAUCUUCAAUCGUUGAUUGCUGAUGUGGAACGACGUAUCAAACGAGGACAAGAACGUUUACGUUUAACUCAAGGCGAACCAAAUAGUGAGAACGAUCCAUUCCGUUUCCGAAACGAGCUGAUUAGUAAAAUCAAAGAAAUCAGCGAUGAAAUCACAUCUUACGUGUUAAAAUCCGAAGAACUUGCAAUUAAACGAAGAAAUUGUCAGAACAGAAUCAAACAAAUCGAUGGAAAUGAGCACAACAGUGGCAAACAGCAUGCUGGCUACGCAAAAAUUAGAGCAACACUUGAAGCAAUCGCUAAACGUAAGUCUGAAGCGCUUGAAAAAGAGCGAACUGAAAGUUCACAAAAGCAAGAGACUUCUAGUCGAAAACGAAAUCGAUUGAAAUCGCAAGAUAUAAAGUCGAAUCGACGUCACUCACCCUCGCCGCCAUCUCAUCGUCAUCAUUCUUCGCGUGAAAAACCUGCUCAUCAUUAUCAUCAUAAACAUCGGCGUUCUUCGCCGACUGAUCAUCGUCGUCAUCGACAAUAA